GUGUGGUGUGUCAUUAUACUAGCCAGCACCGUGUCUGCCUUGCGGUCGAACACUGCAAGUUGAAAAAGUAAACGAAAAACAACCGCGUACAUAUUACAGAAAAAACAGAAGUUUCGAUCUUCGAAAAUACUCGUGUCUGCACUCAACCCUCGCCCGGAAUAAAAAGGAAGAAAAGGAAUAAAUACCACUACACCGCGACACCGCGCGGAGCCGUUCGAUCGUUUCGAUAGAGAAAGUGUAAAGGUGUGUGAGUGCGUUUUUUUCUGGUGCGGUUUUACUGUUCUGUUCUUUUGCAUCAAAAACACGUGGUCGUCGUGUGUUCGCCGAUACCCGGGAACGACCUCGCAAAACGGAAUAUACUGCAACGGGGAGCGUGUCCUUUGUUGGAGAGUGACAAACCAGGAAAGGUGUUUGCUGAAGGCUUCUCAAGCAGAAAUUCCCAGCAAAGGCGGAGGCCGGCUUUUUUUUGUGGCCCCGCGAGCCUCUCGAUCAGAAAGUCGCGCGCCCUCGAAGUCACAAAGCGUGAAGCGCGAUAGCGACAAAGCGCAAAUCCACACAAUUGCAAGGAUUUGGGCCGAUUUAGUGUGGAAUGUGUUGUUGUUUUGUGCAAAUCGAAACCGAUCGUCAGCAGAGAGAGCAGAGUGAAUAAUUGGAGCGCACAUGGUGUGUGCAGCGAAGAAGGAGUGACGCGAAUCAAUAACAGAUGAGCGGCAAGCGUUCACGUAGCUUCAAGUGUGCAGUACAUCAUCGCGAUCGUGAGGUUUGUUCCGAGAACGAUUUUCAUCUGAUAUUUGAGGAUCCACCACUAUUCCGCAGAAUGGUGCACGUAAUUGCAAUGGAAGUGCUCCCCGAGGAGCGGGAUCGGAAAUAUUAUGCAGACAAUUAUUCAUGCUGUCCGCCUCCGUUAUUUGUGAUACUAGUUACAAUCGUCGAGCUCGGGUUCUUCAUCUAUCACUCAGUAACGCUGGGUCCGGCGGAUCCGGCGGGUCCGGUUCCGAUCGAUUCGAUGUUCAUUUACCGACCAGACAAACGACAGGAAGUGUGGCGAUUUCUAUUCUACAUGGUCCUGCAUGCAGGAUGGUUCCAUCUAGGCUUCAAUCUAAUCAUACAACUCCUCGUUGGGCUACCAUUAGAGAUGGUACACGGAUCAGCAAGGAUAGGUUGUGUUUAUCUAGCGGGUGUACUAGCCGGUUCGUUAGGUACUAGCGUAUUCGACCCGGAAGUAUAUCUCGUAGGAGCGAGUGGGGGUGUGUAUGCCCUGCUCGCUGCUCACUUAGCCAAUGUAAUGCUAAAUUACCGCAAUAUGCAGUAUGGCAUUCUUCGGUUACUAGCAAUAUUUCUAUUUGCGUCCUGUGAUGUAGGUUUCGCCAUCUAUUCCCGAUAUUCGGUGGAACCGGCCAGUGGGGCACCUUCGGUAUCGUACGUGGCGCACCUAACGGGAGCCCUUGCCGGGCUCACGAUCGGUCUGCUGGUGCUGAAAAACUUCGAGCAAAAGUUGCACGAGCAGCUGCUAUGGUGGGUGGCGCUCGGUGUCUAUGCCGCCUGCACCAUCUUCGCCAUCGUGUUCAACCUGCUCAACACGGUAACGGUCCAGAGGCUUGAGGAGGAAAGUGAAGAGGUGUUCAAACAGCAACUAUUCACCAACUUCGGCUUCUAGUGUGCUGCGUGUGUUGGUGGAACAAAAAUGCAAACAAAAAACGUCUUGGACCUCUUCCUCUCGAAGGACACGAUUCCGAGAGGAUUCCAUUCCUUCCAUAUCCAAGUGUCACGUGGAUCGGGCACUGGAUAGAAACACACAACCACACACACAACCCGAACGUGCGUUCUAAACGCCACCUACCGUUCCCACCUGUGCUUCUCAUCGUCGUAAAACGAGAAUAUUGUCCACGGUCGAUGACAACUCUCCAGGAUUGUCGAAAUUCCAAACAAACCCCUCCAAAGGCUGCCUCUCUCCCACUGGUGGGGGAUGGAGAUGAUAGAGGAGGAGUGAUGAGACUUUAGAGUGAAUAAGUAUGUAACCUACAAAACAAAAACGUCCAAAGAGUCCACCUGUGUGCGUGAAGUUGCUGAGAAACAAAAACAGGGGGCAAACUUGCGUCUCCCUAUUGCCUUUAACGAGAAUGGACCACAAAAGGAAGGUGUGUGGUUGGUGGUCAUAAACACACGGGUAUCUCACAGCUCUUAUACAUACACACGUGUCGUACACAUGCACUAUCUCUCCGGCAUUACUCGGACAACACUGGAAAACUCAACACCUCAGCGAAGAAAAACACACUGCAAAUGCGAGAAGGAUGGAAGUUGUGCGCGUACUAAAUGUGAUUGUACAUAGACUUUAUAUUUUAAUUGAUAAAUCUACGCCAGCCAACCGGGGGGAGGACGAAUCAUCACAGACACAUAAACACACACUACUCUACCCACUGACGAGACAUCCCUGACCGCGCUGGCAGCAGCAAUAUGUGUGUUUGUGUGGCUGUUAACAUUUUGGGCAGCAGAAAAGAGUGCGCGUCCAAAGGAAGAACACUGGAUAAGGAUUUGUUCGCACACAAAUAUCCCGAUCCUGGCAUCGAAACUAUUAAAACAUACCAGUAUACCAAAGACUGCACAGGGGGAGCAGGGAACGAAGAAGGAAGGAGUCGUAUUCACCGUCCAAUGUGGUUCUUCCGUUCAUUAGCAUCCUCCCUGUUUUUUUCAUACUCCCAGACAUCACAAGUUGCUGCUGACGAUGACCCUCGGGGGGAGUAGUGUAGUGUUCGUUCCUUCGCACCAUUUCCAUCCGCCAAUCAAUCAGCGAGCAAUAUAGAAGUUUUAUGUAUGCUCGCGCGUGCAUCAUAAUUUUGAGUUCCUUUUUUUUCCCCCACUGUAACAACCACUAACUGCCAAACGAAAUGCAAAGUUGGGGAACGGAUUGAGAAGGAGAGGAAGAGUUGGCCGCUUGCCCGGAGGGAAGCGACCUCAAAGAAGGUGAUGGAUGUGAUGGGGACUGCGCGAUAUGCAACUACCGUAAGUGCGCGACGGUACGGUGCACAUCAACACAUACACGAUCAGCUCUCGGAGCUCCUCCAUCCGUGACCAUAAUGUGAAGAAGAUGAACAAACAACACACCUCACUGCCGCCGAAGAGGGAAAGCGAAUCAUUCGAAAUCGCGCGCGCAGCCUUCAUCUGUUGUUUGUGUUAGAUAGGUUAGCCAGAAAGCCAAAUGUAAGAGAAACUAAUACCAUAAAUGCUUGGUCGGGAUAAUUGAAGGUAAGGGCGGCUGGACGCGCCCGGAGGGACGACCUGGAAUUCUACAACUCCCUGUGGAAAAGACACCACCGCUAACACCGCAAUACGCAAAAAGGCGGAAUGUUGUGUGUUGCGCGCGUGUCACGCGAACAUUAUUUAUUACGAAAUAAAAAUUGACUCUUUUAAGAGGCUGCUGCGCUGGUUUACUGACGUUUCCACUAGUAAGCUGCUGGUUAAUAACCGUCGCCCGAGUUGAGUUGCGUGAGAGUGAGUUUUUGUCGAUAGAGGAAUUGAGUGGUGCUGGAAAAUGUGUGACCAAAUCGGGACAAUUGUUUUUGUUGUGGCAGUCGUCCUAUAAAGCAGGAGGAACAAAAGACUAAUCCGCAGAGAGAUAAAGAGUGUGUGUGACAGAAAGAUUUAGCGAAAGAAGCGAGAAGCGGUUGUGGUUAGGCAAAUGAAAAACGAGAAACCGAAACGAAACGAUAAGAUAUAAUAUUCAAUAACACGGCAAAAAAUCACCAAGUCUAGUCAAAUCUCUACGGAAAUAUUCUAAUUAUUGUAUUGUAUUCUAAUUAUUAUUAUUAUUAUUAUUAUUAUAUUAUUAUUACUAUAAUUAAAUUACACUAACUUAACUUGGCUCUUUUUGCUUUUCCUUAGACGAAAAGGGAGCGAUGAAUAGAAGAAGAAAAACAACAGCAAAACAAACAGCCUAUAGGAAGGGAAGAAAAAAGGAAAAAAACACAAAAAUCUACACAGCAAGCAAAUAAAUCAAAACAAACGUUAUUAUCAUCAUGGCAAAUCAGGCUGCGCCUUCCACCACCACUCUCACUUACCCCCACAAACAACACCAUUUCCAUUCUCACCCGGUGGAGAAGGAUGAAACAAUGUAAAAGAAAUUCUCAUCCCUUUUUUUAUGAACAUAAAACUAAAGCUGAAGUGAUGUGUGUGUGUUGUGGAAGUGGAUCGAUGGCAUUUGAUAGUUGAAGAACGCUGAUAGAGAGAAGCGAACAGAACAGGGGGCAAUUAAAGAACGAUCCAUUCACUCCCCCCCGUUUUUGUUUUUUGUUUGGAAACUGUGAACACACGGAAGCAAGAAGAUGAGAGAACAUUACACCACCACUACAGAACAUAACCGAUUCAUGUUAAUUCCUAACGAAGAACAAAAGAACGGAACAGAUGAUGGGAAUAGUAGUUGAACUAUAUUAUAAAAAAGAGAAGAUUAAAACAGUUGGUGAGGAAAAUAGUUUAUUUAUUGCACCUUGUAUAUUCGGUUCUUUUUUUUUUCGCCCCUUCUUCAGUCUCUCCACCCAUUACACUUUCCCUUUUUGUUAUGCGGUUUAUUUUUUACAUGUUUUUGUUUUUAUCAGGAGAAAGAGUGGUGGGAGUAAUAUGUGCUAGGAAAGGGAAGCCAAGCUUCCCUGUAAUCGCAGGCGCCACAUUACAUCACAUUGUGUGUGUUCAAUUUCGUUCACGACACAGACAUAUUAUUCACGAUCUCACUAAUUAAAUGAAGCUCGCAAAAAUCGAUAUCAUUUGUAAUAAAAAUACAUUGCACUUGGAGAGAUAGGGGGCAAAGUAGGGGGGAGUAGAAGUAGAAGCCGCCAAGUACAACAAUAGAACCUCUGAAUUACAAUGCCACCAACAUCAUACCUAUAUAAUGCAGCUAGUUUUGUUUUUCCUUCUCUGUUUUGUUUUCAAAGGACACACACCAAAGAUUACUUUUUUUGAAGAAGGAAUGUGUUGAAGAGAGAGAG